ACAUCUGGUUUUAUGUAUAAAUAAUCCCUUUUGUAAACGAAUGUAGUGUUUUAACUCACAACUGUCAGUGCGAACGUUGGCAUGUUAGUCAUUUCCACAACCAUCUGAAAGAAAAAUCUUUUUUCAUGAAACUGUUAUCUUAAGAACAUAUGCGGAUGAUGAUGAUGCUGCCAGGAAGCUGUUUGCUGAACGAUAUGUUCCUCCUCCAAAUGUGGGUGAGCACUUGACUCAGACACUGUUCCUGCUGAGCUGCAGACAAGAUGCAGGGUCCGGAGAACGAUGUGCACCUUCAAGAAGAAAAUGAAGAAGAUGAUGAUGUCUUUUGUGGAGACUACUCUUUCAGGACCCCGGAUAUCAUGUCUGUUGGUUCACAAUCCAUUACUCCUGGAGGCCCUAAUGGAAUUCUUAGAAGUCAGUCAUUUGCUGGUUUUAGUGGGAUUCCAGAACGCAGAUCUCGAUGUAACUCCUUCCUUGGAAGCACCUCCGUACCCAAGAAGCCUCAAGCAAAACAAAAGAAAAUGCAUAACUUAGUUCACAAAGUUAAUAGCACAUCUAAAGAGCCUCAUCCUGAAAGGGUUGAAGAAAUAUAUGGAGCUUUAAAGAAUGGACUUGAUGAAUAUCUAGAAGGUCACCAAGCUGAGCUAGACAAGCUGACUUCCCAAUUAAAAGACAUGAAAAGAAAUUCAAGAUUGGGGGUCCUCUAUGAUCUUGACAAGCAAAUAAAGACGAUUGAACGGUACAUAAGGAGACUGGAGUUCCACAUUAGUAAGGUGGAUGAGCUGUAUGAAGCAUACUGCAUCCAGAGGCGUCUCCGGGAGGGUGCGUGUAAAAUGAAGCAGGCAUUUGCUACAUCUCCUUCCAGUAAGGCAGCUCGAGAGAGUUUGUGUGAGAUCAAUAAAAGCUAUAAAGAAUACACUGAGAAUAUGUGCACUGUCGAAUCAGAGAUGGAAAACCUGUUAGGGGAAUUUUACAUCAAAAUGAAAGGUCUAGCAGGCUUUGCCCGACUUUGUCCAGGAGAUCAAUAUGAGAUUUUCAUGAGAUAUGGACGACAGAGAUGGAAAUUGAAAGGCAAAAUAGAAGUUAAUGGCAAGCAGAGCUGGGACGGAGAGGAAAUGUUCUUUCUUCCUUUGAUUAAUAGUUUAAUUUCAAUCAAGGUUACAGAACUUAAAGGACUUGCCACUCACAUCUUGGUUGGAAGUGUGACCUGUGAAACAAAAGACUUAUUCGCUGCCAGACCUCAAGCCGUGGCUGUUGACAUUAAUGACCUCGGCACCAUAAAGCUUAACCUUGAAGUAACAUGGUGCCCAUUUGACACAGAGGAUCUAACUCCAUCCACUGGUAAUAUAAACAAAGCGACAGCCCUGCAAAGAAGAGUCUCCAUAUACAGUCAAGGCACACCUGAAACCCCAAUCUUCAAAGAGCACUCCUUCUUUAAAUGGCUGAACCCACCACAAGACAGGCUGCGAAUGUCAAUUAUGGAUGCGCUGCAGGAGACUUUCUUUGACAAGCUCCGGCGCAGUCGUUCUUUUAGUGACCUACCAUCACUCAGGCUGAGGCCUAGAUCAGGGCAAGGGAGAUAUUCCAAUUUGCAAGAUGAUGUUUUUGAAAAUGGUGGGAAUUCUGUUGAAAAGAGAGUCCUCUCCCUUAGUUGUGAAGACUUGACCAAUGGUGACUGUACUCCACCCAGAUCAACUGCCUCUUCUUCUCUUGGCUACUCAAACCCUGAAAUCACUGUUACACCACCAGAGCAUAAACUCAGUGAACUAUCUUCAGAGGGUCCAUCUAUGGAUUAUUCAAGUUCAAGAGGAUCUCCAGAUCCAAGUAUUAACUCUCCAGACUCUCAGUAUCACAUAGAACAUUCUGGUGAAAGUAAAGAAACUUUGUCAGGAAAUAAAUCAGACUUGUCUUCAUGCCAAAAUCCCACACCCAGUGGGACUAAUAACCUAUUUAGAGAUUCUGAUUUGUCAGUGUCAAUACUACAAGACUCAGACGAUGCUUCUGAGUUGAAGCCUGUGGAGCUGGACAAUUGUGAAGGAAAUAUUACCAAGCAGCUGGUAAAGAGGCUUACCUCAACUGAAAUCACUGCUACACCAUACAGACUACAGUCUGAUUGCUCCACUGGUAGUGAAACUGAAGCAAGUAGGUCCUAUUUAGAUGGGAGCGUAGAAGAGUCAUUGCAAGUGCUCCUUUUAGCACUUGAGCCCUGUAAAGACCAAUAUACAGAAUAUCAGGAAUUGUACCAUGAAAUUACACACCUAGAAGAUGUUCUAAAAUGCAAACCAGCUGUAAACCGAAGCAGGUCUUCGAGUAUAAGUCUAACUAUUGAGAAUGCAUUAGAAAGCUUUGAUUUCCUGAACACCUCUGACUUUGAUGAAGAAGAUGUUGAUGAUGAUGAUAUGAUUUGCAAUGGUGGUGGUGCAGACUCUGUGUUUUCAGACACAGAUGUGGAGAAGCCCAGUUACAGAGCUGGACAUCCAGAGGCAAGGGGACAUUUGAGUGAAGCAUUAACAGAAGAUACUGGGGUUGGUACCAGCGUUGCAAGCAGCCCCCUGCCACUCACUACAGGAAAUGAAAGCCUUGAUAUCACAUUGGUUAAACAUUUACAGCAAUGCACUGACCUUAUUCAGCAAAUCGUGCUCUGUAGUUCCAUAUCAUUUGUUUUGAAAGACCUACUGAAGAAGUUAAGCAAGCAAAGUCAAGUCCUGCGACAACUAUCUGAAAUCAGCAGAGACUCUAUGGGGAACAUUAGCUCAGUUCUGGAAGUUAUACCUGGAUUUAAACACAUGCCAUGUUUGUUAUCCUUGUGGAUAAAAUGCUGUACACCUGCACACACCUACCAUAUUUCUGCUGAAAGGAUGAUGAAGCAGUUGGAUGUAAGCUUUGGCCAAGCUGUUAACAAGGAGUGCCCUGGGCAUGCAGAAACAGCUUUCAGAAGGCUGAUAACUCAUAUUCUUGACAAAGGAGAGGCCAUUCUUUCUUCUAACCUGUUUGCAGAAGCCAUCACACUGUUCCAGUUCUAUGAUUUCUUCAGCAGUCAUAAUAUAAGUGAACUUAAAAGUUAUUUGGUUCAGCUGGCUAAGGAAGCAUCGGUGGUGCAGAGAUCUAUAGACGCAUCUUCACUUAAAGUGGAGGAUUUAUCUUUAUUCGGUUCACCUCCUUGGCUGGAAAUCCUAACAGCAUUGACCUUGCUCCUAACUGAAAAUGACAGUGAUGCUAAUAAAGCUUUGACCUUACUCUCUUCCGCUGCAUCCAAAUCUGAUCAGUUCAGAGAAAAGGCUCUGUUAUAUUACUGCAAGGCAUUAACUCAGUCUUACGUUCCUCUGCAAAAAGCAGCAUGCAUGGCUCUCCGUUGCCUUCAGGCUACAGAGAGCAUUCAAAUGCUUGUUACUCUAUGCCAUUCAGAUGACAACGAGAUUAGGAAAGUUGCCUCAGAAACAUUACUAUCGCUUGGAGAAGAUGGGCGACUUGCAUAUGAAAGGCUUGACAAAGCCCUCAAGAAGAUUCCCAGUGCAGGAGAUCACCAUGGUGCUGCUGUUGCUACUGCCUUUUAGGAUCCUAGUAACAAUAUAAAAGUUGACAGUAUUAAGAACUAUAUUCCCCUUACUGAUUGGAGGCAUCAAGAACAAAGUCAGACAAAAAAGCCACGACAAAUAAAUGACCGACAGUAACAUUUACUGACCUUUCUUAGGUUUGGAAACUCAGAAGAAAGCUUCAAGAUUGUGAAUUUGUCAAAAACUUUACUCAGCAUGACUGUUUUGGCAAUAUUACAAUUCAAAUGAACAUAGAAGAAUGGAUGACUGGACAAAAAAAUAUAGGCCAUAUUUGUCUGUGCUGUUAAUUUAAUAGAACUGUCUGUCAGCAACACCAUGCUUAAUGCCCUUCCUUCUUCUCCUGUAGAUAUGUGUCCAACAAGACUCAAACGUGAAUUAUGUCUCCAGAAUAAUACCUAUCUAGACCUGUUCUAUUAUCAGAACAAGUUCUAUUAUCAGAACAAGUUCUGUACUGUAUGUGAAAUAUGAUUUUGCACAACUGAAUUUGGUAACCACUUUAAGAUACAUGUAAACAGCUAAACAAUCAUUUUUAUUUUGGUUAUGAUAUACAGAAGAACCUCAUAUAUACAGUACAUACAUGGAUAUUUUUCACCACCAUGCACAAAUGAGUAGUAACCAACAGAAAUUUGCCAGUCUGCAUAUAUGGGCAAUCGUAGUCAUGUUGCCAUCUAUAAGGACCAUUAUUUCAAAACAAACAUUAACUUUGCCAUAUGAUUUUGUAUGUCUGAUAGAUGACUUUAUAUAGCACAUGAUGUUCUAACACUGCAUACUGCUUCUUUAUUAUUGUCUCUUGAAUCUGAGAUUUUGUAAUAAUUAGAGAUUUUACCACCAAGGGAACUCUUUUUGCUCAGCGUUGAUAUUUCUCCAAUAUGUGUGUAUACAUUCAACUCUAUUUGAUAGUAUACUUUGUGUAGUAGUACUGUUUUGGAAAUGCAGUAUAUACUGUACAUUGUAACUAAGGUUUGUGUAACAGACUCCUAAAAGCUUUACAUUCGAUUUAGAGAUACACAUAAAAUCAAGUACCCUGUUCACAUAAUAACCACAAUCAAUUACUUGCUCACAUGGGUUUCACUUACAUAUUUUGAUUACUUAUUUUCUCUAAGUCAUUUCUUUGAUUCUAUAUGCAAUGCUUGGUGAAUGGUUUAUCGUAAUGUCUCACAUUCCCCUCAAUUUUAUACCUUGAAAGAAAGAGUUAUUUGACUAAUACAAAAUCUUAUUUGAAAACAGGUCAGAUGUCCAGAACUUUCAACUGCUAUAACUUUAGGGGUUUAAAAACUUCGGCCAAAUUUGAAUACUGCUAAGGGGGUUAUUUACCAAACUCCGAAUGCAAAGAUCCCGAACACACACAAAAAAUGGGAGGUAAUGAAGUGUGAGCUGAGCUAACAAACAUUUUACUGGAAUGUUUUUUUAUAAAUGGAGUAGCAAGAAGCAAAGCUGACUGCACACACUGCUAUAUGUGACACCAAAUGAGUUCAACCAAUUAUUAGUAUGUCUUAAAUCUAAGUGGCCUUAUGCAGUCAGCUGGAUACUGUUACAUUAGUUACAUAAGAAAUAACACAAGGUUGCUCCAAAGUAAAUAUUUUGGAGCUCUUUUUUCCUUUUAAGCUAAGCUUUACAGGUUACUAAAAUUAUAUAAGAUCUUUUACAUCAUUCUUUAAUAGUAGCUUGUUAUCAGCCUCUUGGAUGAAUGCAUUUUAUAAAACAGGCUUCUAUUUAUGUAAAUAGUAAAUGAUGUAUGAAAUGUUAUAACCCAUUGUGUGCCAGCAGUUAACUCUUUAAUCUAUGACACGUUGGAUACGAAUGUGCUGCAUAGUUCUUAAGCCAACCAGAAACAGACUCUACAGGGCCUGUACUAUGGUCUUUUUAUGCAGCCACCACAAAUUCUAUACUUUAUGGCACUUAAUUUGUUGCUUAAAUGUUUUUCUUUAAAACAGAAAGUCUUUAUACAGUAUAUACCCAGAUGUUUUUAAAUGUGUUUACAGUACUUUAUUUAACCUGAUCUGCUUUAAGAUCAAAUUGUAUUAACUGAAAUUCUUAAAAAUGCAGUUUUGUAUCUUCAUUUUGUCUCCAUUGAUUCAGGGAUUUUCAAGUGUUUCUAUAGUAUGAUGUAAUUUUAAUGUAAAUAUAUGUACCUGCCUGCCAUCAACACAUGACCGUAAGUGGGAGUGAAUGAUUCUUAUGCUAGAGCAGUUGAAAUCCAUUUACUUUGGCAUUUCAUAAACAGCUACAUUAGGCUUUCAUGUACCUUGAAUCUGGAACAAAUGGUUUUGGUGCUUUUGGCUAGGAAUAACUGAAGGUGUUAAGUCUAGCAUGUAUUUGUAUACAGUUGGCAGGGUAUUUGCUUAUGUUUGCUGCUUAAAAUACAUUAUUGAAUAUGUUUUUAAAUGCUAUAUAUACACACCCACACUCCUAACAUUUGGGCCUGGUUAAUAACAAGAAGACUUAAAGAUCCAUGGAAAUAUGCACUUGCAAAUACAAAAUGUUUUCCACUGAAUAACAGUAUUUGCAAGUUCUUAGAAAGAUGGCUAUCUAUAAAUGUGUACAUACCAAUGUGUAUAUAAAUAUUGCAGUACUUUUCACAGAUGUUAAUGAGAAACAAUGCAAAACAGUGUAUAAUUGUUUACUAGCGCUAGCCUAAUAAACAUUGUUUAAAUGGA